AUUCUUUUUGAGCACAUAAUUUAAAGAUAAGGUUAUUUGUUACUGUGUCUUUGAGUGAGGCAAUAGUUUUCAGAUAAAAUUGGAUGAUUGAGUAUGAAGUACCAUUCAAAGGUGAGUAUGAUCAAACGUAUUUUAUUGCACUCGUCGCUCAAUAUCUGAAGAUCGAGUCAGGCAUCGAAAUUCUUAUCUAAUCAACAUUCAAUAUCAAUGAUAUAAUGAAUCUAAUAGAAAUUGAGAGAAAACAAGAACUGUUCAUUUCAUACAAAACAAUUAUUCAUUACAUUUAAUUAUUAUUAUUAUUAUUAGUAGUAGUAGUAGUACACCUUCAAGUCAAACAAUGAACCAAUAAAAAUACAGUUUUUUUUUUCUAAAAAACAAUCAUCCAAUUACUGUGUAUCUACCAAUAUCUACUACACUUAUUUCAAUAUAUAUACACCCAGUAACUAAUGUUACCCUAUAACUAAUAUUAUAUAUAUGUACUCGAGUUAAACAAUGAUUUGCAAUUAUCAUGUUUAUUUUGAUCAUUUUUAUUCUUGUUUAUUGAAUAUGAUGACAUUAUUAAUUAGUAUUUAAUUGAAAUCAUUAAAAUCAUGUUAAUAACACUUAUUACAUAAUUCAUUGAAAUCUAUGAUUACAUAAUCAUUUUCAAUUAUGAUCUUAUUAAAUUGGAUUAAUUUUAUCAACUAAUUCAAUGAUUUAUCAAUAUUUAUUCAUGAUGAUUAUUAUUAUUUUAUUUAUAAUUACAAAUAAUUGUGGAUCAGUUCAAAAUAAUAUGACUAAUGAUUACAAUACUACUAACAUGAAUACUACUGUUAUGAAUAAUAAUAAUAAUAAUAAUUUAAGUACAGGUGGAAUAAUUGGAAUAAUCAUUGGUUUGGUUAUUAUUACUACAAUAACUAGUAUUAUUAUAUUUUGGUGUAUUCGACUACGUCAUUUAUAUUUAAGUCAACGUCAUAUUAAAAUGUAUGAUCCAGAUAUGUUUCAAAAUAAUCAAAUCAAAAAUAACAAUGAAUUAUCAUUACAUUAUUCAAGUACAUCAAAUCAACCAAUAAAUUCAUUACAAAAUUCAUUAGUAUCUAUGAAUCAUUUACAAAAAUAUUCAUUACCUAUAGGACAAAUAAUGAAUUCAUAUCAUAAACAACAACAACAACAAUAUAUUCAAUCUAAUUUAAAUUAUUCUAAUAAUAAUAAUAAUAAUAAUAAUAAUAAUUCAAUUAUAAAUAAUUCAUUAAAACAAUUAUCUAAUCAACAAAUGAAUUUUGAUAUGAAUUUAUAUUAUGGAGAUCGAACAAGUUAUACAAAUAAUUCAUAUUCUUCACAAUCUCCUAAUUGGACUGAUCAGCAUUAUUUUAAUACAAAUCAUUUCAAUGGUCCAACAUUAUUCGAUGCAACAUCUUCCAAUUUUCAGUCUUAUAAUAAACCUACAACCGAUAUAAUGUUAACAGAGACAUCAACAACAUUACCAACAAUAAAUGAACCAACUUGUUAUCCAGUUUAUGUUCAUCCAUUACAGUCUACCCUAAGUAAAUAUAGAUCCUCAUCUAGUGAAAAUCUAUCAUCACAACAUCAUAAUUCAAGAAUGAAAUCAAUUGCAUUCAUUACUCAUUUAAGUGCAUUUGGUUUAAAGAAUAAACGACGUUUUUCACAAUUAACAACAAAAAAAUUAAGUAAAUUAAAAGAAAAUACUACUAGUCCUAAUGAUAAUUAUAAUAAUAAAUCUGGUCAAUUAAAUCCUUUACCAAUUACAGAAGCUUAUGAAUCAGAAAAUAAUCAUAAUCAAAAUAUGAUAUCUGAUAAUUUUAAUUUUAAUGCAAUGGAAUCAUUUGAUAAUGAUUACUUUUUAUAUAGUUUACAAACAGCUGUAUUCAAUGGUUUCGUUCCAUCGAAUCCAUUAAAUCAACAAUAUACCUAUCAUGAUUAUUACAGAAUGCCAGGUCAUCAGAUAAUACCAACUACAACCGCAAUAACACCGAUACUUCAUGAAAAGUUCAAUCAAUCAUCAUUUGGUGAAGAUUUAAGUUUAGGCAACAAUCAAUCAACAACACCAUCAACUGGAUAUUAUUCAUCGAAUAGAAAUUCUAGAGUAUUUUCACCUGAUUACAAUAAUAAUAAUAGCAGUAAUCGUUUUAAAUUUCCCCCACCCGGUCCACCAGUUGCUGGUUGGGUUAACCAAUUUAUUAUCAGAACAAAUACGCUUGAAAAUUCAUUAUCUGAUGUGAAUACAAUAACAUCAUCAACGUCUCCGUUAACAAGCAUAAUAUCGUUGAAUGAAAGGCGAACACAUCAGUUACAGCAGCAACAACAACAACAACAGAAAACCACUUCUUUCUCUUCAUCAAUACAUAAUACACCAUUAAAUCAUUCACCAAUCACAGCGAUUGAUAUUACUGGUUUAACAAGUCCGAUUACUAUACCAAGUAGAUCCACUUCAUCUGUACCACCAUCUCCACAACACAUUCCAUUUGAUUUUAUUCAUUCUUCUCGUUCAUUGGCUUUAACUUCAUCAAGUGUAAUUCCAAGAAGAAAUAAUUCAACUACAAAAUAUCCUAAACAUGAAUUACCAAUAAUAGGAAAAAGAAUAAUCCCUAUUGAAACUGAUAAGUUGCCUGUAUUCACUAAACUUGAUUUUCCAGAAUUCUCAAAUGAUUCACUUACUGUGCUAAAAAAUAAUUUCAUAAAACCUGAAAAUAAUAUCUUGUUACAUAAUUUAAAAGAUAAUAAUAAUACUACUAAUAAUAAACAAAAUAAUAAUAAUAAUAAUAAUAAUAAUAAUAUGUCACAACAACAAUUUCGAAGUUCAUUAAAUUGUUCUGAUCCACAACAUAGUGAUAGUGGUUAUAAUGAUUCAUUAAUUAUACCUGAUCGAAAAUCAUCAUUAUUAUUAUUAUCUUCAUCAUCUACAUCAUCUUCUAUAGUUCAUUCAUCAAUUGAUUUUCAAUCACCAAUAAAUUUAUCACCAUUAUUUCAAUAUGAUACUAUUCAUAAUUCAACUGAAUGUAUUUCUAUUACAUCACCUAUAACAACUACAUCAACAAUGAAAUCAAUCUUUUCUGAUACAGUUGAAAUGAUCCAUAAUUAUUCAGUUGUAGAUAAUCAUAUUAAAAACACUGUCAAUAAUAAUAAUAAUAAUAAUGAUAAUAAUAAUAAUAAUAAUAAAAGUAAUCAAUAUGUUUAUUGUAAAUUAGAACUUCCUUUAUCUGUUACACAAUCUAUACCUGUAUCAUUGUCUUCAGUCACAGCGAUAAUAUCAUCACCAUCAUCAAAAAGAUCAUCAACUAGUUCACGUAGUACUGAACCAAGUUCUGCAAAUAGUACUACUGUUAUAUUACGUGAAAAUUUAGAUACAAAUCGAAAAUUAUCUUAUCCAACUAUGAAUAGUUCCAGUAAUACAAAUCGUAAUCAAACUAUAUUUCGUUCUCCAAGUGAUCCAGAUAUAUUUUUUUCAUUUUGUGAUGAAUCAAUAAAUAAAUCAAUAUUAACACAACAACAACAACAACAACAACAAUUUCCUUCAAUUCAUUUAUCAAAACAACAACAACAACAACAACAACAACAACAUUAUCCAAAUAGUGUUCCAUUAUCACGUACAAAUUAUACAUCAAAUAAUAUGAUGAAAUUAAUGAUGAUGAGUACAAUAUCAGAUUCAUUAAAAUAUCAUCAUCUUAUAAGACAAAAAUCUGAAAGUCAAUUACUUACAGAUCGUCAUGAUUCAUUUGAUGAAAUUUCAUGGGAUUUACAACCAACUUCAUUAUAUUAAAUUAUUAUAAUCAUAAAGAAUUUAUCUUUUAUGAAUUAUAAUCAUUUUAUUUAAUAUAAUACAACAAAUAUAUAUUAUAAAAAUUAUUAUGUACAGUUAUCACCUUGGUAACAACGAGGGGAAUAGAGUAAGUUUUACAUUGUUCAUACUGUGAUAUAUAUAUAUUUAUAUUUGUUUAUUUAUUACGUCAUUAUUACCAUGAAUGAAAAAGUAUUUCAUAUUCACAUAUGACUUGUAGAAUACUGGGGUUUUUUUUUUCCUUUUUGGUUCCUCUUAAAUAAAUAAAUACCAAAAUGAUUAUCUUGAUUAUUAUUAUUAUUAUUAUGAAAGUGAAUAAAUCAUUUCCUCCCUCAUUAUGUAACUUUGUUUUAUUUGGUUCUUCUUUAUACCAGUUUUGUUCCUUUUUUUUAAACAUUCUUCCAAUAUUAUUUCACCGGUACUAUUGCACCCUUCUAAUACAUUAAAUAUAUUAUUCAUUAUUUAUUAUAAAUGAUCAUGACAUGAAUAAUUAAACUUUCAUUUUGGUGUUAACUUACUAAAUGAUAGAUCUAUCUAUUUAUUUUGUAUUAAUAGAUGAGUUAUUUGUCCUUUUUUGUGUGCGGGUUCCUCUCUCUCUCUCUCUCUCUCUCUCUCUCUCUCUCUCCAGACAAUUGUGUGUACACGUGUGUGUAUGUGCUUGUUAUUUAGCACAAAAUAAACUCAAUAUCACUAUUUUAUUCUAUUAUGUAACCAAAAGUUAUAUUGGAUCUGUGUUCUAGUGUUCAUAUUAAUAUAAUUAAUUAAUUUUAACUCAUAUCUUGACGACAAUGACGACGACGAUGAUGACGGUAACAACAUUGUCAUUCUUACCGACAUUGUACACUUUCUUUUCCAUGGCUAACUUUCUCUAUGAUAUUUUUUCUCUCUUUUUUUUCCUUUUUAUCAAUAAUUCAACACAUUAAAGAUAGAAAUGAACAAUUUGAUAUUUCUUUCUUUUGUUCUGCAUUUUUCUAUCAUUAUUACUAUAGAUGUUGUUCUAUUUUCUAUAUUCUACUCAUCUUUUUGUUUUUGUUUAAUGCUGUAUGUUAUAUAAUUUUUCGUUUGGUUUAUUUCCAAAGAAUAUCAAACUUUCCCAUUAAUACUAUUACUACUACUAGUACUACUAUUAUCCCAUGUCUCUUCGUUUGGUCUUGUUAAACACCACUUUUCUAAUUAAAUAUGAAUAAAUGAUGAGCAUAUUACUACCACUAA